AUGACACCCCGCCGGGUCAAGCGUCGAUCGGUCAUGCAACGAGGCACAACGAGUGGGACAGGACGUCAAAGCACCUCCAGCCGGCGGGGUCAUUCGUCCUCGUCCGGAGCAUCCGGACCGAUCGCGUCCGGAAGUGGAGGACACCAUCAUCAUCAUCAUCAUCACCAUCGUAGCAGCGUGAGGAAUUCGAGGCGCAAAAUGACCCACCAAAACCCGGUGACGAAGUUGCUGAACCAGCAGCAACAGCAACAACACCACCGAUUACACCACCCCGUGGAUGAUCUGGCGGGGUUGGAGGAUGCCGCGGGUACGAUGACCCUCACCAAAACCUUCCCACCGUUCGUGCACAACAAAAACCCGGACCUAACGGAAUCGAACCUAAAGUCGCUCAACAACGACUACAUGCUGGGGCAGUUGAACAACUUCGGGCAACCCGGUGGCCCAGUGGGUGGAGAGAUCACAGCCAACAACCUCAACACCUUUGGGGCACAUCAGCACCAUCAUCAUCAUCAUCAUUCUCAUGGAGCGUCCGUUCAACCCCCGUUGCCACCGCACCGCCGUCAGCAGUUGGUUUACACGCCGACGUUUUUGGAUGCAGGAACGAGCAGCCCGAUCGAUCCGAUUUACUAUAACAUGAAUUCGUCCUCGCCGUUGCUGCAACAGCAAACGUCCUGGGGUGCGUCGUCCUCACCGCAAACACUAGGCGCAACACCCCAAGGGAUGGCCCAUGCCGGUCUCUCGAAUCCGGUGUAUCAACACUCGACGACGAAUCUCAACCACAGCCCGGAGUUGAACGAAGAGUACUAUGGUACGAACGGGCAGAAUCGACCACCUUCGGUGCGAUCGAGCUACUCGAAUUUCCACGGGACGAGGCCACUCAGCUCGUACCUGGGUGCAGGAACAGGGCAACCGGGUGGUGUCACGAAUCGAGGUUACAACGUGUCUCCUUCGCAAGGACCACAGGGAUCAGGUGGCGCUGGACCGGUGGAGAAUGUGUUCGCUAACCUCGCGGCCCAAGCAAGUGCCCAAGGUCAAGGAGGUCAAGCUGCAGGUGGAGCGACGGAUGCAGUCCCUGUGCCACAACUGCCCCACCGACGGUCCGUGUCACGUGAAAGCCUCCGGGCGAUGCAGUUCCUGAACAGUGGGCCACCGGCGUACAAUCUCAAUUAUCACACGCCACCGGAUUCCGAAACAACCAUGUGAGCGAGGGUGUAUAGGACGGGGGCUUUUACUCAA